GUGGGUGACGGGCGGCAGGGACGGCGGCGGUGUCGCAGUUUCAAUUCCUGAACAGCCGUGUGUAACGUAUGAACCGAACGGUAACAGACGCCGUCUGUAUGCGUACAGGGACGCUGGUGUAGCAGAACGGGCAGGCAGGCUGUAACCAAAAGACGCUGAUAAACAGGAACAGAAAUUGCUCUGAAGGGCUUAAGAUUGAGCAAAGAAGAUGUUUCCUUUAAAAGACACUGAGAUGGGUGCCUCCACCUUCUUUGCUUCAGCUCUGCCACAUGAUGUUUGUGGAAGUAAUGGACUUCCUCUGACACCUAACUCCAUCAAAAUUUUGGGGAGAUUUCAAAUCCUUAAAACGAUCACCCAUCCCCGGCUUUGCCAAUAUGUUGACAUUACCAGAGGUAAACAUGAGAGACUGGUUGUGGCGGCUGAACACUGUGAACAGAGUCUGGAAGAUUUGCUACGAGAAAGAAAGCCAGUCAGUUCUUCAAGGAUCUUAUGCAUAGCAUAUGAGGUUUUGCAAGGCUUGCAAUAUAUGAACAAACAUGGAAUGGUCCACCGAGCACUCUCUCCAUGCAAUAUUCUUUUGGAUCGAAAGGGACAUGUGAAAUUGGCUAAAUUUGGACUCUACCAUAUGACUGCUCAGGGUGUUGAUGUUGAUUUUCCUAUAGGGUACCCAUCGUAUCUGGCACCUGAAGUAAUUGCACAGGGAAUAAUCAAACCAAGUGAUUCUACGCAGUGUGAGAAGCCUCUGCCUUCUGGCCCUAAAUCGGAUCUGUGGUCUCUUGGUAUAAUAUUAUUUGAGCUUUGCGUGGGUAGAAAAUUAUUCCAGAGUUUGGAGAUAGCAGAGAGAUUGAAAUUUAUAAUUAUGUUAGGCUGUGUAGAUGAUAUUGUAACUGUAUUGGCUGAAGAACAUGGUUGCCUUGAUAUUAUUAAGGACCUUUCUGAAAAUAUUAUAGCUCUACUGAAGAAAUGCCUUACAUUCCAACCUUCUAAGAGGCCAACUCCAGAGGAAUUGCUGCAUGACAACUUGUUCAGUGAAGUAUCCUCAGUAUAUCCUCUCUUCCAUAAAUCUGCUGGUCUGUUCUCAUCUUCUCCAAGGUGUGCUAAUUUAACGCUUCCUGAAGACAUAAGUCAAUUAUGUAAAGAUGAAGAUAGUGAUUACCUAGCAGAAAGAUCAAUUGAAGAGGUUUAUUAUCUCUGGUGUUUGGCUGGAGGAGACUUGGAGAAAGAACUUGUCAACAAGGAAAUAAUUCGAUCAAAGCCACCUGUCUGCACACUUCCCAACUUUUUAUUAGAAGAUGGUGAGAGCUUUGGGCAAGGACGAGAUAGAAGUUCCCUCCUAGAUGACACAACUGUGACUUUAUCUUUGUGCCAGCUCCGAAAUAGACUGAAAGAUGUUGGUGGGGAAGCAUUUUAUCCAUUGCUUGAAGAUGACCAGUCAACGUUACCUCAUUCAAAUAGUGGUAAUGAACUGUCUGCAGCUGCUAGUCUUCCUCUGAUCAUCCGGGAGAGGGACACAGAGUAUCAGCUAAACAGAAUUGUCCUGUUUGACAGGCUGUUGAAGGCCUACCCAUAUAAGAAAAACCAAAUUUGGAAAGAAGCAAGGGUUGACAUCCCUCCUCUUCUGAGAGGCAUAACCUGGGCUGCCCUGUUGGGCGUUGAGGGUGCCAUACAAGCAAAAUAUGAUGCCAUUGAUAAAGACACACCGAUUCCUACAGACCGACAAAUUGAAGUUGACAUUCCUCGUUGCCACCAGUAUGAUGAAUUGUUGUCAUCACCAGAGGGUCAUGCAAAGUUUAGACGUGUAUUGAAGGCCUGGGUUGUUUCCCAUCCUGAUUUGGUGUACUGGCAAGGUCUUGACUCUCUUUGUGCACCAUUUCUGUACUUGAAUUUUAACAAUGAAGCUCUGGCAUAUGCCUGCAUGUCUGCUUUUAUCCCCAAGUAUUUGUAUAACUUCUUUCUGAAGGAUAAUUCUCAUGUUAUUCAAGAAUACCUGACGGUAUUUUCCCAGAUGAUUGCAUUCCAUGAUCCGGAGCUGAGUAACCAUCUUAAUGAAAUUGGUUUUAUUCCAGAUCUUUAUGCUAUUCCUUGGUUUCUUACAAUGUUUACACAUGUCUUUCCUUUGCACAAAAUUUUUCACUUGUGGGAUACAUUACUGCUUGGAAAUUCCUCCUUCCCAUUCUGUAUUGGAGUUGCAAUACUUCAACAACUGAGAGAUCGUCUUCUGGCUAAUGGAUUCAAUGAAUGCAUUCUCCUUUUUUCAGACUUGCCAGAGAUUGACAUUGAGCGUUGUGUUCGUGAGUCCAUCAACCUGUUUCGCUGGACCCCAAAGAGUGCAACGUACAGGCAGUACGCACAGCCUCCACGGCAAGCCAGUGAGAGCAAUGGCACCAGAAGUUCCAUGUCCUGCUUUUCAGCAGACUAUCAGGAAGCACCCCGAAGUGACCUAUCUAGGGAUUCCAUCAAGUUGGAUGACCUGAAGGCAGAGGUGUCACCACGGAUUUCAGCAGAAGAUCUGAUUGAUUUUUGUGAGUUGACAGGAUCUAGCCAUUCCAAAACACCUGUGAAGAAAACAAAGUCUAGCAAGCCAAAGCUGCUGGUGGUGGACAUUCGUAACAGCGACGACUUCAACCGUGGCCACAUUUCUGGCAGCAUCAAUGUCCCAUUUGCAUCAGCAUUUACUGCAGAAGGGGAUCUUGUGCAGUGCCCAGCAACUGCCACACUCCAGAGCUUUAAAGGAAGAGUUCUGGUGAUUGUAGGAAAUGCCAUGAAGAACACAGCUGCUUUUGCAGCUCAUCUAGUGAAAAACAAGUACCCAAGGGUCUGCAUCCUAGAUGGAGGAAUCAACAAGAUCAAGCCAACUGGUCUCCUCACUGUUCCUUCUCCACAGAUUUAAAUGACUAUAAAUAUUCAGGACAAUCCAUCUGAAUAGGGAAGUCUUACUGUACAACAUAGAUAUCCUGAACACAAAGGGCAUUAUGAUGUUUCCACUGUACAAGCUAUCCUGAUGAUCAGUGUCUUCUCCCGUGCUCUAGAUCUGCAGGAUUCUUGCAUUUAGACUUUGAUAUAGAGCUUCAGUUGGAACAGAUGAAAACUGUGAAGCUUCAAGCUUUCCAAGAAACAUCUUUCAGCAUUAAUGUAGUGCACAACUGGUUGAGCAAGUCUGAACACAAAAAGAGUAUCUCAUCUGGAAUUAGGUAUCUUAUAAAUAUUUCUGCAGAACAAAGUAAACUGGCGCUUGAUGGCUCUAAGCUGCACUUAAAUAGUUUUGUUUUUUUUUUUCAGAAGUAUUUUACUGUGAAUAUUGAAAGUAACAAGCUGAAACUGUACCCUGUGUGUAUCCUGUGAAAAAAGUGUUCUCUAAUAUUUUAGAGUAAUUGCUGUAUCUUGUGACCUAAUUUCUUUUUGAGGAAGCAUUUUUUCAUCUGGAUUUGAAAUAAAGAUGUGUCCCAGACUGGAAGUCACUGUAACAGCUGCUGCUGAGUCAAUCCAAUCUGUAUCGUAUCCAUCAGAAGUGGAGAAGCUUACUCCUCUGUGGAGAAUUUAAUAUUCUAUUUCCGUAAACACAGCAAACAUGACCAUUUCUAAAACAGUAAUAUUUACCAGAAAGGUAGGCUUUUGACAAUACCGUGUCUUAUGACUAUAGAUCAGUUAUUCCACAAAUAAUAGUGCUUUUCCAUUUUAGAAGCUCAUACCUUAAAAAAAAAAAAAAAAAAAAAAAAAUGUAUUUUUAAUGUUCAUAUGAAAACAUUCCAGAAUAAUCACUCUUGUGUGAAUUGGAGGUGCGCAGUUCCCUUUGGUUGUCUACUCUUUCAGCUAGUGGUGUCAAUUUUUUUUUUAAGUCCUGUUUCUUAAACAUGAGCUCUAAAACUGACAAAUCAAGAUAGCAAACCUGUUUCUAAAGUAAACUGGAUGCAAGUGAUGUUCAUCGGUGAAAGCAGGCAUCCACAAAGGGCAUAAGGUGGCUGUGCACUAGAGAUGUGGAAAUAAAUUACUUUGCAAUAGGAAACCAGAAGUUUUGAAAGCACCAACAGAAACAGAAAUUUGCAUCUCUCUGUUGCUGAGAAGCUAAAAACAAAUGUAAUUCAGACAAGUACCACCUCUAAGAUACGAAAAAGUCCCCACCCAAAUUUCUCCUCUAAAUCCCAGGUUAGCUUUGCUAGCAUAUCAGGUCCAUUAUUCUAAAAAUAAUGUGGGAGGGAAAAAGACUAGGAAAAGAAAAGAAUCUGUCUUCAAGAAUGUUACUUGGAAGUAGUGCCUUUAAUUCAGGAAAACCAGUUGUGAUAAUGUUAGACUGACAGUAUGACUCUGAAAUUAAAUGGGAAUUUGGAAUAAUUUAUUUUAGAAGACAAGAAACUUUUAGAUUUCUCUGCAUUUUUAAAGUUUAGAAAACACUUGUGUGAAAUGAGGCUUAAUAAUCACUGAAGUGAAAGGAUUGAAAUGUAUUCUGUAAAAUUAAAAUGACACCAAAGAUCUGUUCACCUGGUUACAACUGCAUAUUAGCUUGCAUUGUAAACUUGACACCGUGCUCUUUAUUAGACCAUCAUCUGAGACACAGCAGUUUGCGUGAUACAAGCUCACUGUUAGGGUAAUGAGGAUUUGCUCUGGAUAUAUUUAACCAUACACCGUAGUUGAGGAUUUUCUCUCAUGAAUAGUUUUUAGCUUGGCAAACAGAAAUUUGCAGGAGCUAACUUUUAUUUCAUUUUUCUUCUGCUACAGGAGAUAGUUGUGAGAGGAGAGAAGGGGAGUCAGUGAGAAGGCUGUGAACAGUCUCUAUAAAUCCCAGGCAAAAUGAUCGCUUUUUUGGUGGAAUUUUUGUUUUUGUUUUGUUUUUGGUUUUUGUUUUGUUUUUUUUUUUUUCCAGUGGUGGUGGUGCGUUUUGUUGUUUGUUGUUUUGGGAGGUUGAUUUGAACUAAAACCAUAGAAGAUGAGAUCUUGUGGAAAGCAUUGAAAGAGUAAGGUUUUCUUCUUGCCUGCACAAUGACCUGAAAAUUUUAUCCUGAAUCUUCAGAAGCUGGUCUCUAGCACUAUAUGCUGUCUCCGGGGAAGAUUCGUCUUGCCACAGCUGUGGUUUUGAGAACCCUAUUGGAAAAGUAUGAUGAGUGUAAAGAACAUGGAGGAAGAAAGGCACUUUUUAACUCCCUUUAUUUCAGUUGUGAUUGGUCUAAAAAAAAAAAAAAAAAAAGGGCAAAAACCAAACCCAAACCCGUGUAAUUACAACAUGCUGAUAUGUAUAUAUAUAUAUAUAUGGGCUUUCUUUGGUCUAAGGUCAGCAUAAUGUAGUGAAGCUUUCAAGAUGUUUUUGACUUUAAAAAUCCAAGACGCCUGGCAGAGUGACCAAAUAAGGGAUCAGAAAUUAAAUGCAGGGACAGACCAUCGGGUUCCUCUGUUAGCAGAGAUUUUCUGCAACAAUCUCUGAUGAAGCCCAGGGUGCUCAGCUGACUUUAAAAGGAUGACCUGGAAAUGGAGGGGAGCAGUGAGGUUAAUAACAAGCUUCCUGAUACUACAAAAUCAUCUGCUGUGAUCAAAGUUCUGCCUGGCUGCACGGAGAACUGGAAAGACCUUGUGAUACUCAGUGUCAGAGAGAUUCACUAUGAAAGGCUACACAUGGAGCCCUGGAGAACAAAAAUUUUAACCAUGUUCAAAAGAGAAUUUGUUGACAAAUACGACAUCAUUGUAAAUGCUUAACAGCAGCCAGAAAGGCACCCGGGAUAGUGGUGAUUGUAAGGAAGGAAAUGAAUAAAACAGGUUAUCCCAUCAGAGAAUUAAUCCAUAUGGUACAUUUUGAACACAGCACGGAUGCUUUAUAAUACCAAAAAAAAAAAAAAAAAAAAAAAAGAUACACAGGAUUAGAAAUAGG